UUCGCCAUUUUUUACCACACACACUGUAGAGAGAGAGUGGAAAAAAAAUGGCAGACACAGAGCACAUCACCUGCAAAAACCUCCCUCACCUUCUCUCCUCCUUCAUCGACACCUUCGUUGACUUCACCGUCAGCGGCCUCUUCUUACCCCCAAACCCUAACCCUAAUCCCUCAUUGCAGACCACAUACCCGUCGCCGGACCGCCUCAUCGCCAUCGGCGAUCUCCACGGCGACCUCCAAAAAUCCAAACAAGCCCUCCGCCUCGCCCGCCUCAUCGACCCCUCCGACCGCUGGAUUGGCGGCUCCGCCACCCUCGUCCAGGUCGGCGACGUCCUCGAUCGCGGCGGCGACGAAAUCAAGAUCCUCUAUUUUCUCGAGAAACUCAAGCGACAGGCCGCGGAAGUCGGUGGGAAAAUCGUCACCAUGAAUGGGAAUCACGAAAUCAUGAACAUCGACGGCGAUUUCAGGUUUGUUACUAAGUCCGCUCUCGAUGAAUUUAGGGUUUGGGCUGAUUGGUACUGUGUUGGUAAUUCAAUGAAGAGUCUUUGUGAUGGGUUGGAAAAACCCAAGGAUUUGUAUCGUGGGUUGCCUUUGGUUUUCCCUAAUUUGAAACAAGAAAUUAGUGAUGGAGUUAGGGCUAGGUUUGCUGCGUUGAGACCUGAAGGUCCGAUUUCGAGUCGAUUUCUAGCAAAUAAUUUGACUAUUGUUGUUGUUGGUGAUUCUGUGUUUGUUCACGGAGGGCUUUUACCAAGCCAUGUUGAUUAUGGGUUGGAUCGAAUUAACGAAGAGGUUAGGGAUUGGAUUAGUGGAUUGAAAGAGAGUGUUUCAAAGAAUUUGAUUAGGGGGAGGAAUUCGGUUGUUUGGUUGAGGAAAUUCUCUCAGGAAUUGGCUCAACAUUGCGAUUGUUCGACUCUUGAACAUGUUCUUGCCACCAUUCCUGGUGCAAAGAGGAUGAUCAUGGGUCAUACAAUUCAAGAGAGUGGAAUCAAUGGGGUUUGUGAGAAUCGAGCUAUUCGGAUUGAUGUGGGUAUGUCGAAAGGAUGUAUUAAUGGAUUGCCGGAAGUCUUAGAGAUAAAUGGGAAUUCGGAGUUGAGGGUUUUGACAUCGAACCCUAUAUAUCAGAAAAGAUAUGAAUCUUCUGUUGUUGAAUCCAAUACUAAGGAAGGGCUUGGAUUGUUGAUACCUGAACAUGGACCAAAGCAAGUAGAAGUGAAGGCUUAAUUCGUAGCAUAGCUGUCAAUUUGAAUAAACUCAAGAAGGCCUGUUUUUAUUGGAAUCUCUUGAGAGAUUUUAUAAUUCUUCUUCGUGGGAAAUAAGUGUUAGAUUUAUCAUUGUGGGUUUAGUUUCAGAAGUGUAAUCAAGAUUGCUUGUGAUGAAUUAGUGAUUUGAGAAAUGUGAUUAGUAGGUAGAUUGUUCUGGUUCGUUUUGCUUUCUACUUUGAUCUUUCUCUGUUUUUCUAUGAUGAUUGGAUCUUUUUUUCGGGACAAAGUUUUUGAUAACAGAAGAUCCCAUAAAAAUGUUAGCUUAUAAUAGAUUAUGGUCAAUAAUUACUUCAUGUCAA